AUGAGUGCUGGUGGUGGUGGCUCGUUUUCAAUCUACGACUUAAACCCAGAGAUAAAGAAGCUCCUCAACGCAGACAAUUUUCUCAAUGGGCUAUCGGUAAAUGAUUUCGUGGAAGAGAUCAGCAAAGAUCACAUUCUUAAAGGUGCUGAAAUAAACAAGAAGGCAUACCUCGACCCGAAACCGUACAUUAGAUCGUUUGAAAGUACGAUUAGAGAGCUAAAUCGUUUGAGUGCAGAUGCAAAUGACCAAAGAAUCAGAGGACAGAAGCAAGUGGACGCAUAUGAAUUGAAGCAUUCGCAAAAUGUACUCGAAUUGAGCAACCUGAUUGACAAGACCACCGACAAAUUCAAUCAAUUGGACAUCCAAAUAUCCGACGUGUCUAGGAAAAUCAACCCCUUGGGUGCUACUUUGAAUAGAAUAUCCACAUCAAGGGACAAAUCAAGAGAAACAAUUUUUCUAAUCAGAGCGUAUCACGGAUUCUACACCAAGGGUGAAUACACUCCCUUGGAAACCUUGCGUACAAGUCCAAAAUUAAACGACAAUAUGGAAUGCGCUAGAUACAUCAAAAAUCUAAUUCAUUUGUCGAGAAGGAUAAGCGACGAGUCCCUUCCACCCACAUUAAAGUGUCUCCAAACUGUGGAGUCAUAUGGGGAACGUAUGGAGGAGGACUUGUUGAAAAAGUUUGAAAGAGCAUCAGAAGGCGACGAGUUUUCUGGAGAAACGUUUGAUAUCAGGACAAUGAACAAUGUUUCUCAGAUAUUGUACGAGUACAAUCAGGGCAUCACCUUGAUGAAUUGGUUUGUGGAUAAGAAUGACCUCGUUGUCGACUCAAGCCACGAUGAAGAAACAUUAGAAGAGAGUGAAUGGGAACAGUGGUCAGACCCAAGUGCCACAAACUACGACUUGGGACCCCAUAUCAACGCAUUUCUUGAAAAUAUCAAGUUUAGUAUAAAGUCGAAAGCUAGAUUGAGCAAAAAAAUUUUUACCAAUCCAGAAACGGUUAUCGUAUUAUUCAUUGAAAGGGUAUACAAAACAGCACUCAAGCGAAAGGUUACAACCUUGUUGCAGCUAUCAUUGCAGCAGAGUUUGUUGGCUCAUGUUAGAAUCUUGCAAGCAUUGUAUGGUAUUGUUGGCGACUUCACCAACCAAAUGAAGGACUAUAUGAUCACGGAAGAAUACGACGCAGACCAAAAAGUACUGCAAACUUUGGAGCUUGCGAAUGACGGGUUGUUUGAAGAAUACCUUUUUGACAAUGCAUAUCUCGUCAGGGAAAAGAGGAACUUAAAGGAGGUGGUACAAGCUACCUUGAACGCACUUGACCCUGACUCAUUCAAUGAGCAUACAAAUGACGAUUCUAGUUUGGCAAGAUCAGACACCUUGAGGCUCAACCAGUCUAGAGCAUAUGACCAGACCCGAUUUUCAGCAGAGAAAAAGAGGUUGGCACAGUUCACGCAAUAUGUCAAAGCGAAAGUAAGCGAGAGAGCUGGAGCUAGCGAUCAAGUAUCCAAGCUAGAGCUUGAAGAGGAUGAUCUCAAAGCAAUUGACUGUGUUGAAACCCUUUUGAAAACAGCAGCCGAAUCUAUUGGAAGAGCAUUGGAGUUGGCGCCAAAUGAAGCUACGGAACAUUCAUUGGAUGUUUUAGCAGUAUUGAUUGUCAACUUUGCAAAGUUAAUUGUUCGAGAAGAGCUUCAAUUACAAGGUCUCAAUGUCUUUUGGUCUCUCAAUUCAAUACAGUUCAAGAAGGAGAUUUUGUUUUGCUUGACAGCAUGCGCAAAAAAGAUUAUUUUCCCAUGUGUAACAAAUGAUGCAAUUGCCAAAAGCAAGGCAAGGUUUAUGAUUAACGAGUUUGUGAAAGCACAAGAGACCAGUAUUAACGAGCUACUCGACCAUAUCGUGGACUACUCCUUGAGGCAACUCAGUGGAUUUCUCAGCAAGCAAAAAAAGAAGGAUUUCCUUUGCGAUACAAUCGAAGAUGAUACAGAAGCUUGUGAAUUGAUCAGUGAGUUCUUGACUGAAAUGUACGCCAAUAUCAGUGUUGCAUUAACGGGCGAUAACUUACUCAACACCUUGCUGACCAUUGGAAAUGCAUUUUUAAACUUGUUGCUUGAGCACUACAAAAAGUUCUCAGUCAACUCUAUUGGUGGGGUUGUUUUAACAAAAGACGCAAUCCGUUACCAAUCAAUUAUCGAUGAAUGGGGAAUUCCUGAACUUUCUGAAAAGUUUCAAAUUUUGAAGGAAAUUGGAAACUUGUUUACAGUGCUGAGCGAAUUAGUCAACUCUUUGGUUACAGAGGGCCAAUUGUCUCGCAUGAAGCCAUACAACGUAAGGCAGUACAUUAGCAAACGUGCCGAUUUCAACCCUAGUUAUGCUGACAAGUUUUUUAAGUUUAGGUAG